AGAGAGAAACGUAUUAGAACAGGACGACGAGAGGGAGAGAGAGAGAUAGAGAGUAUUAGAACAGAAAGAAAGAGGAAAUAGAGGGAGGGAGAAAAAGAAAAAGGAAGAGACAGGGGAGGAAGAGAAAGAGAGAGAGUGAGAGAGAUUCUGAGAUUUUGAACAGUCGUUGUUUUCAGAUUGAGUCAGGCUGACGGAAAGUUAUUUGUGAUCUUCAUUUUUGUUUCUGACCCUACUAAUUCAUUUUAAAUCUUUAAAUAUUUGCUACUACGAAACGGAUCGCUAAACAAUACAAUCACUUCCUUAUAAUUAUAUUAUUCAACUAUAUAUAUUUAUAAACAAGAUCACACACACACACGUAUAAUAUGAUCAUUUUAAACAGGUUCUCUUAUUUAAGUCCUAAAAAAACAUAUUACCAAUUCAUGUGUUGGUUAACUAUCUUACUGUUAUAUUUAUUUUAUCCGCUUUCUGCAUUUAAUAUCGAUACAAAACAUGCUCGGGUUUACAGCGGCAAGACUGAGACUUACUUUGGAUACUCGGUGGGUCUGGCUCACCUUACAUCGGCCACUAAUAAUGUACUAAUCGGUGCUCCUAAAGAUAAUUAUGACCUGUGUAAAAACUCAGACUUUAGCAAGACAGGUGUCAUCUUUUCCUGUUCAUCAACUACUGAUGACUCCUGCUCAAAAUUCUGUGUCCAUAAUUUAGAAUCCAUUUUAGAUAGAGACAUUCAGAAUGUAAGCAAUGCCUGGCUUGGAGUGAAUAUAGACAUCAAUCCACGGAAGGAAGAGUUUGUGACAUGUGGACAUCGCUGGAAAUCCGUUUUUGUUGAUGAUCAGUAUGUUAAAACAUUUUACAUGAAAGGGUUCUGUGUGGUCACUACGUUAAAUGGAUCAAAAAGCCGCAGACCUCUUCUCAUGAAAUCAGACAAAAUUACAGCUGGUGGAACAUCAUUGAAAUAUACCCAGGAUGGUCAGAAGAUUAUUGUCGGUGUUCUUGGGAGAGAUAAAUAUCCAGGUGGAAUAAUUUUGUUUCCCAAUGUAGAACCAAACCCAGAUGGAAAGCCUAUGUUACUGUCGUCUAACAUUGAUAACAAUUAUGCUGGUUAUGCUGUAGCUUCUGGAAAAUUCUUUAAUAAUAAAUAUGAAUACUAUGUCAUGGGUGUACCCCGAAAUGGCAGUGGAGCUGUGCUAAUAAUAGACGAAACUAAUCAUAUCGUACAACGUUUGCAGUCAGAAUCGAAAGAGAUUGGGUCAUAUUUUGGAAUGAAACUGUGUGUAGCAGACGUCAACAAAGAUGGGCUGGAUGAUUUGCUAGUCGGAGCCCCCAUGGAACCAGGACAAUUGAGAGAAGAAGGACAAGUUAUUGUUUAUCUCAGUGAUGGCAAGAAACUGCAGAAGAAACUCGUACUGUUUGGUGAUAAAGAAGAAGGCGCUCGCUUUGGUAGCACCAUGACCCUUAUUGGUGACAUUGACCAAGAUGGUUUCAUUGAUAUUGCCAUUGGUGCCCCUUAUGAAAAUAACCAAGAAGGAGCUAUUUAUAUCUACAAUACAAAUAAAGAGGGACUGCCUUCUACAUACUCCCAGAAAAUAACUGGUAAAGAUGCUGCUAUGGGAAAAGACAUGAAGGGAUUUGGAAUCUCAAUUUCCGAUUCUGUUGAUGUAAAUAACGACAGUUGUCCUGAUUUUCUUGUUGGUGCUUAUUUGUCAAAUCAAGUCAGACUUUUAUUUUCUCGUCCUGUGCUUGAUUUAAACCUGGAAUUAUUACCUGAAUCACAGAAAAUUAAUUUUGCAGAGUAUAACUGUCCAAAUCAUGGCAACAAAGCUGUGUGUUUCAAAGUGAAAUUAAAGUUUAGUUAUGUACAAAAUAAUCAAAUUCCUCCUAAAAUAGACCUCGAAGGCCAGCUAGCAACUGGUUCGCAGUCUCAGAUGAACUUGUCGCGUAGUGUACAGUCAUUUGGUUUCAAACUUGAAACUGGGAAAAAACUUGAAAAGGAAUUCCACAUUAUUGUCAAGGAACACCCAAAUAUUUUCCAGCCCAUUCACAUCACCAUUCAAAUGGCUUUGGCUAAAAAUGCCACCUGUAAGAUAUGUCCAAUACUAAGGACAAAGACCGUUUUAAAGAAGAUACCAUUUGAACUUGAGUGCGGUGACGAUGAUAAAUGUACAACAGAUCUUAAAGUUUCUGCUUCGACAACUCUCAAGUAUUUGCUGUAUCAGAAGGAGGAGAAAUUUGACAUCAAAGUUGUUGUGUCUAACGGCAACAACCACGCUUAUAAUUCAUUUGCUACUUUCGUUUUCCCCAAAUAUCUUCAGUACAUUCAAGCCAUCAAAUAUAAAGUGCAACCAGACUUUGAAUGUUCAACAGAUAGCUCAGCAGAAGAAGACAUGGUUCGUUGUACUCUGGGCAAUCCAUUGCCUAAAAACACUGACAGCAAUUUGCUUUAAAGUUCUCAUCGACCGGAACAAUUGAUCAACCA